UGACAGCUCAGCGGGUGUAGUGGGUGUGCGUAGCACUAGAACAAGAUUCCAUCUUUUCUUCUUCUUCUUCCUCACAAGCACAGCAGCACAAAUCAAGUCAAUAACCCCAUCCCCAAUCCAUUUUCAGGACACUGAAUCCCUCGUAACAAUUUCCCCGUCAGUUGUCUUUGUCGCAGAUAUUUUUAUUUUUAUUUAUUAAGGUGAGGGAUGCCUGGAAAAUCUUUGGCUUCUCCGCUGCUGACAUUUGAUUCAACAGUGCGGUUCUCUUCUUAUCCUGAUUCUGUAUCCUUAUCAACCAGCAAACUGCCCAUCAAUGUAAAUCUUGGAAUUUAUACUCAGCCAAAUGCCCUCAGACUACAUCGGAUAACCACUUCCACAUCUAAGAAUUGGGGGUUGAAUUCUACUGCUCGAAUCCAGGAUUCAAUUCUUAGUGAUGAAGAUAAGCAAAUAUGGGAAUCGUGUAGACAAGCUUUGUCUUCGUACGGUUUUGCCAUCGAGGAAGAAGACAAAAUUCUAGGCAAGGCAUUUGGUCAAAUUCGUUCUCCUUAUUGGGGGGAAGAUCGGAAAAAGGAAGUGCCCAAAUUUGAGGUAGUAAAUGAGAUAUUAAGUUAUCUAAAAGACUUAGGCCUCGAUGAUGAUGAUCUGGCCAAACUUCUGAAGAAAUUUCCCGAGGUACUUGGAUGCAGCCUGGAAAACGAGGUGAAAGUAAAUGUGCAGAUUCUUGAAAAAGAAUGGGGCAUCAAAGGGAAAACACUGAGAAACCUCCUCCUUCGCAAUCCUAAAGUAUUGGGUUUCAAUAUUGAUUGCAAGGGAGAUUGCAAGGCACAGUGCACUCGGUGCUGGGUGAGAUUUUAACUCAGGUUCUUGAUUCGUUCAUUUGUAGAUUCCUGUUGCAUGUGUAUAUGAAUUAUUGAUCAAGUUAGUACGCAGUUUCUCUUUUGAUAUUGCGUAUCAUAUAUCUGUACUUGUAUGAAUCAGGUUCAAUGUGAGGCAUAUUGUGUAUACUUGAUACAAGAUUUUUAUAAUAAUUUUACACUGAUUAAUCAUCA